AUGGCAGAAACCAGUUCGGAUAAGCUGGAGACAAUUCAGCGUGAAAACGAAGACUUUUCGGUGUUUGAUACGUUCACAACACCGGAAAAAGUGGCACAAUUGGCCAUUCUUGGCAGCACUGUUCAUGUGGCAUUUUUGAAGUUUGCACAGAGUGAACAAGACCUUGAACUCUUUCAUAGCAUGCUUUCCACAAGCGUGGCUAUUUUGAUCGGUCUCGGAGUUUCUUAUCGAACAAGAAUUUCAAAUAACGGUCUCUAUGGCUCAUUGCCCGUGCGAAAAGCUGAAGUUUUGCCAAGCUUCAACGUUUUGUACUUGCUAUAUUUGCCUACAUUUCUCUCGCUGCUGUUUGCACGGGAGCUUACGAUUCUGAACCUUGCUAUGACGUUUAACUGUGCAGAAAUGGCCCCAUACAUGCGUCUACCAAUCCAAGCCAUCAUGGUCUUGAUCAAUGAUCAACACCACGAAAAGUUUGAGGUACUCAAGGCAUUGGGUCUCAACUGUUUUUUGGCUUUCAGUCUCGAGAAAGUGGGCCAAUUGAAGAGCUUCGAUCGUGUUGAGUGUAAUCUUUUUAGUAUCGCUCUAACAAACGUGCUGUUUCUCAUUGACUCUUCUGAAAUCUACUUCCAAGUCCUGAAAAAUGUCCUCAUUGGGUUCUUGGUUGCGAUGGGCGUCAAUUACCCGCUUAUGAAGUUGUUGUCAAGAUGCAAUACGUAUCUGAGGUCUGCUGUUCUUCUUAUCACAUUUGUAUGUGUUUUUCCUCUCACUGUGAUCCACAAUUUCCAGAUCAACGGUGAGAACCCAGCUGUUUGGCUUAACUAUUACAUCACAUCCUCAUCAACCAGAAUCAAAAUCACUCUCAGUUGGCUUGUUGGUCUCCUCUUAUUGAUUCCCAACAUCAUGAUCUUCAAAUCAAACUUCUCCCUCAAUUCUUCCCGCAAAAUCUGGCAUUUCAUCGUCCUCAUGCUCAUAGUCCCACCGCUCAAGGCAGAUCCGGAAUUUGUCAAAAUAGCGCUUGCUGGUACUAUGGUAUCGUUCCUAGCAGUGGAGUAUUUGAGAUAUUUGAAGCUAGCCCCAUUCGGAGAUUAUUUUGACUCAAAGUUGAGAUCGUUUGCCGAUUUCCGCGAUGAACGCGGGCCCAUCAUCAUAUCAUAUAUUUAUUUGGUAAUCGGUGUGGCAUCACCCAUUCUCAUCAAUGGGUCCAUGGUCGGUGUAAUCAGCCUGGGCUUGGGAGAUUCAUUGGCUUCUAUUGCCGGCAACAGAUGGGGUCGUCACAGAUGGCCAGGCACAAAUAAGACCUUUGAAGGAACACUGGCUUUUGUUGUAGCUACCGCCUUCUGCAGCUUGUCAUUCAAGCACUUUUUGGGAGAAUUCACAGAUGUUUCCUACCUCAAGCUAUUGUCUAUAUGUCUGUUUUCGGGACUUCUGGAAGGCAAUAGUGUACUCAACGACAACUUAUUAAUCCCAGCAUUCAUGCUAAUCGUCCGUGAAAUCUUCAAAUAG